AAAAAAAUCAAAAUCGAAAAGUGAGACUUUGGGCAAGUCAUCAAAUCGAUCCCAUGCAAUUGCAAAAGGCAAUAAAGUGCAGCUGAGGAAGAAAAGUCCAGGGAAAACUGUACCUGGAACUUCCAAAUCGGUUUUCAGUCCCAGAAACACCCCACCGAGUCCCUCAGCACAUGAAGAGAUUCAAAAAACUCACGCAUACUCGCAUGAAUCUAUUCAAAAAAAUAGUAGCACUCAAAACCAAAUCAAAUCUGAAAAACAUUCGGAAGAUGAAAAGCAGAGAAGCCCGCUGCAUGCAAACGAUCCUGAGGAUGACACAAAUCCAUUUCCAGACCAAGGAAUAUCUCUUGUGAAAUUGUCUGAGAAUGUUAUCUACGGUGAAGACGAACACAUCUAUGAGGACGGCAGUAAAGUAUCACUAAGCUCCAACCCCAAAAGCGGCUUUUCUACACCAACAAUACUGGAUGCAAAAACUAGUGUUAUUUCUAACACUUCUAACAAAUCGAACGUUACUUUUGAAAAAAAACAUCAUGCGGUCCGACCAAAGACUUCACUCCAUAAAAAGCCCAAAGGUUCGACAGUAUCGAUCCACAAAAGACCCCAAGCAACGCAAGAAUCCAUCCAUAAAAAGGCCAAAAAAUUGGAGCGUAACGAUGCCUUCAGUAUACACCUUCUUAAAAAACGACCUAAGCCGGAAGUCGAUAUUCAAUGGAAAGCUCCAGAUGACAAUAUCUCUGUUCGGUCAGAAAAUGCUGGUGGUGAUGAAGUACGCGAACCAGACAAUACCAAUUCCGAAACGGGUGAUAAGAAAAACUUGGAAAUAACGAGUUAUAUGGACAUCCUUAACCAGAUCCGCGACUUGCCCAACUGGAAUGAACUGGAUGAGACAGCUACGGUUGAUUUUUCAGAAGAAAUUCACGAGGUCAAGGCAGAGGACCCAUCGGGAAAAUUUAGAGACCCGUUGGCUGCCGUCUCGACAGACCUGAAUCUCGCCAAGGGAGAUACUGAGACAGAUCAUGAGGGAUUGUCUGAGGCCCAGCCGUCUCAACAAAAGUUGAGUAGACUUAGUCUAUCGGUCAUCUCCAGCUCAGAAAUAGAAGAAAGUGAUUCUUUUGAUGAUGAUUUGUCUUUUAAGACUAUCUUUGAAGUCCCACGACCAGUCAAACGUACUAGUCUCGUUUUUGAUUUAGAGGAAGGGAAGUCGGAGGUCAUCGUCAAAGUUAACCCAUGUGAAUUGAACUCAAUGGUCUACGACUUUCUGGACGAACUCAUUUGCAAAGUCAUUGACGUAACCACAAAGCCUGAACGGCUAACACACAGAGUACUAGACAAAGAAAAGCUCAUGGAUACACUGCUGGCUGAAGCCAAUAAGCAUCAUUUGGAACAGAUUAUAAACCAAAAUUUAUCAAAACGUAUUACCGAUAUCCUGGUGCGCCGUUGCAAGUACUCUCUAGUAAAGCCGGAUACAAAUGAAAUUACCAAAGAGAACAACCGGGUUCGCUGUCUUUCCGCAUUAAAUGAGCUGGACUAUUGGCUUAAGCGUGAAAAACAGUCUACUGAAAUAGCCCGCAACGAGGUAGAGCGAAAUGUCAUCGAGGAGAACACAAAGAGAACUGAGGACGAUGAACAGUUUCAGCGGCUGGAGAACCUUAUAAAUAGUACCAUACUUAAUUGCCAAAACGUUUCAGAUCAUUUAAAAAUUUUAACUAGAAAUAUAAUCAGAAGGCUAAGGAAGAUGCGCGAUGAGUUGUCUGAGACACGUCUGAACUUGAUCCUGAAGCAACACACAUAUUCACAUAUUAAAACGAAAGUGGAAGAAAUGGACACCAUUUCGGAAAACCUCACCAUGCACAGAUAUCUGUCAGUCGAAGCUCAGGUUGAGAAUUUGAGCAGGACAUUGGAGUCCAAAAACUUAAGCAUUGUAAAAUCGUCCAGCCUCAUCAAUAGCAAGCUCCAUUCAGUGUCCCAUCUAAGGUGUCGUCGAAAGGCAUUGAGCCGGAAACUUUCGGCGGCCCAGUGCAUACUCGGGUCCCUCAGGCAGAAUUUCCAGGACUUGCGGCUCAAGGCCUAUCGGUGUAACACAAAGCACAACAAGCUAUAUAAGUGUCUCGAUGAUGUACGCUACCAAGGUGGUAUUAUGUUAUAUCCCCAGCUCAUGACGGAUUAUGACCAGACGCUGGAGUUAUUUGCCAAAAAGCGAUCUGAGAUCGAGGUUCUAAGGGCGGAGCAUGAUAUUCUGAUCGAAAGAAUCGAAAAGAUCGAAGAGGAGCUUAGAAUUACACUGAAAAAUCGUAAGGGAUCUAGGAAUCAACUUCGCGCUUCCACCUUAGUUGACAGAAUGGCAAAGAUUUGAGUGUUUAAAUCACGCUCUUGGUGAAACGAGAGAAUCAAUGCCAAUAAAUAAAAAACAUCUUUUAAGUUUA